GUUUUUUUUUUUUGUUUUUGUUGCUUGCUGUUUUACCAUGACAAAGUCAAGUAUAAACAUUUCAAUAACUCAACAUGGAGAAAUUACACAUUAGUAGUGGCACAAGCUCUGCCCCACCAGCCGCAGCAGCGACUCCCAUUAGUCAUCAUCACCAGCAACUGGCUCAGACCGAUCAGCUGAAUGUAGAACAAUAUCCAAAAAACUUAAUUGAACAAUAUUUGCGUGCCUCUAGCAAAAUUAAGAAAUUUGAACGAGCAGUGUUCUUUAAACGAUUUGCUCCAAAUGCCAGCGAAGUGCAGGCGGACUUUCAUCGGCUAGCUUAUAGCUUUGAGGAAUCCGGAAUUUGGCAAUAUGCAGGCAUGUGCCAUAUUGGCUAUGCAAAAUGCGAAUCCUACGGCGGGGCCGCUCAGCGUGAGUCUGAGGCAUAUUUGCGGGCAGCUCGAGACUUCCUUCAGGCUCAAAAAGAUGAGCAUGGUUUGCUACAUCUGCGAUCAGGGCACGAGAAUGGCUUGCGCCAAGGAGCCCUUCAUUGCUAUCACAAGGCGGCAGAACGAGCGGCUGACAAUUGCGUGUUUAAGGCAGCUAUUCUCCGUGAGUUGAGGCAAUUGCAAGGGCAAUUGGAAAGCACCAGCAGCUUUGCAUCGCCCACGCACCAGAUACACGAUCUGGAAAUAAGCGCAGACCUCAGUAUGCAGAGGGAGGAUUAUCGCAGUGCGUUGCAGCAUUACGACGACAUGGUCGAUAAUAUCUAUGAGCGGCGGGCUGCUCGCCUAUAUGGCGAAUUGUUGCACCGUGUGGAAAUCAUGCGUCUUUUGCUUCUGGUUCAUCUCAAUUUACCACCUGCCCGCCAGUCGCCGGCUCACAUCAAGCUGAUUGAGUACUACUUUAUCUUGGCCCAGCUUGAGUCACAACCUUGUUGGAGUGACAGCAACGAGCCAAUUGAACGGCCUGGAGCCUUUGUCCCCGAACAGCAACAAUAUGCCCUUGCCGAGAUAGUUUCCGCCUGGGUGGAGCGUCAAAUGUGCGAUCUCAAGCAAUUGCUGAUGGAUUUUGCCAACGAAUUCAGUUCACUUGGUGCAGCCGAAAGGCAAUUGCUUGCCACAAUAUACUCAGGCCUUUCCAAAAUCUACUAGACAUUACGCAUAUGUAUGUGCAUUGUAUGAUUUAGAGUUAUUUAUGUUGUUUUAUGUGUAAUAGUUUUUUAAUAACCUACUCGCUAAGUGUAAUCCAAGUCUACCAAAACUAAACUUUCAAAACGUGCCUACACACUGGGAGAAAAGUCAGGAAGAAAAAGCAUACACAUUGUCAGAAUUGUAAAUCUGUUAAAUAUAAUAAAGAAGAACCAAACGAUGGAUAAUCACAA